CUGCGGGAAUCCCCCUCAGAGCCCAGCAUGUAGGGGCCUGGCGGCUGCCAUGAACGCCGGCGCCAUGAGGAUCCCCAGCAGAGGCUCUUUGCAGGCAGGUGGAAUCCAAGUCAAAAAUGAAAAAAACAGAUCAUCUUUGAAAUCUCUGAAAACUGAUAAGCCAGAAAAACCCAAACAUAAGCCACUUUGGGGAAAAGUAUUUUACAUUGAUGUACCUUCUGUUGCCUUAUCAGAAAAACUUCAAAAGGACAUUAAGGAUCUGGGAGGGAAAGUUGAAGAAUUUCUCAGCAAAGAUAUUAGUUAUCUGAUUUCAAAUAAAAAGGAAGCUAAAUUUGCACAAAGUUUGGGACGAAUUUCUCCUGUACCAAGUCCAGAGUCUGUAUAUACUGCAGAAGCAACUUCACCUCAUCCUAGCCAUGAUGGAAGUUCAUUCAAAUCUCCAGAUUCAAUGUAUUUGAGCAGAGGAAAAUUAUUAGUUGAAAAGGCUAUCAAGGACCAUGAUUUUAUUCCUUCAAAUAGUAUACUAUCAAAUGCCUUAUCAUGGGGAGUAAAAGUACUUCAUGUUGACGACAUUAGAUACUACAUUGAACAAAAGAAAAAAGACUUAUACAUACUCAAAAAAUCAAGCACUUCUGUUAGAGAUGUGGGAAAUAGAGUAGGUGUUGGCACACAGAAAGCAAAGACAGGUAGACUGAAGAAACCUUUUGUAAAGGUGGAAGACGUGAGCCAACUUUACAGGCCAUUUUAUCUUCAGCUUGCCAAUAUGCCUAUUAUCAAUUACUCUAUUCAGAAGCCUGCCAGCCCAUUUGAUGUAGAUAAAUCAUCUAGUUCCCAAAAGCAAACUCAGGUUAAAUUAAGAAUCAGAGCAGAUGGUGAAAAAUGCAGUGGAAUCCCAGUUCAGCUUCAAGUGAAAGAGAAGAAGAAAAAGGGAUACUGUGAAUGUUGCUUGCAGAAAUAUGAAGAUCUUGAAACUCAUCUUCUCAGUGAGCAGCACAGGAACUUUGCACAGAGUAAUAAUUACCAAAUAGUUGACGAUAUUGUAUCUAAGUUUGUCUUUGAUUUUGUGGAGUACGAAAGAGACAUGCCUAAAAAGAAAAGAAUAAAGUACAGUGCUGGAUCCCUUUCUUCUGUUACUGCAAAUAUCCUGAAAAAGACUGAACCAAAAGGAAAGCUAAAACUGCAACAUAUUUCUCAGAAAGACUUCAGGGAAAGUAAUAUACAGGUGAUCGAACAAAAUUUCCUAGACAAAGAAAUCCAGGAACCUGAACAAAAGUUUGUGUUUAUUUCAGAACCCAAUCCCUGUCCUGCAAGUGGAUUGAGAGGACUUCAUGAUGAAACAACUAAUAAAUGUACUUUGCUAAGUCCAGCUGAAGAUGAUUUAAAGCAAAAUCUUACACAUCUACCUCCAGAUAAAAAUAAAGAGGGACAUAUCCUUGACACUUCUGAACAAUUAAUUAUAAAUGAAAAUGAUUUUGAAGAACUUAGUGUCAAUCACUCUCAUUGUAGUCUACAAACAUCUGUACAAAUUUCUCAUUACCAGGUAGACAAUAGUGCAUCUUUAUCUCAACUGAAACAAAAGUCAGAUUCUGGGCUUAAUCCAGCAAAUGAUCUGAAGGUAAAACACCUUCAUUCAGUAUGUGGUCAAGAUUCUGAUCAAUUGGAAAUGAAAGAUCCAUAUGAGUAUCUAAGAAUUGAUGUAAAAGCUCCACCCCAAGUUCCUGAGGAAUCUAAAGGAUGUGACAUCAAGAACAUAGAUGAUCUACCAUCUGGUAAAAUCCACCGAAAAGUAAAAAUAUUAUUAGGAAGAAAUAAAAUACCACGUGUGGAAUUAGCUAAGAAAAGAACUGAGUUCAUUGCACGAGAAGGAAGUAUAAUUUGUAGUUCACCAGUACAAUCUCUACUGGAUAUAUUUCAGACAAGUGAAGAGAAAUCAGAAUUCUUGGGUUUCACAAGCUACACUGAAAACAGUGGUAUAUGUGAUGUUUUAGAUAUUUGGGAAGAGGAAAAUUCAGAUAAGCUACUGUCAAUGUUUUUCUCUUCUCCAUCAACUUCUACAUUUACGGGCUUUUAGAUUUUAAAAAAGCCUUUUAUUGUGGUUGAUUAUAUUUUUAUAAACAAUACUUUUUUCAACUUUGU